UAAAUACCAAUCGGCCGCUCUAGCGACACAGUAUAUUGUUAACCAUCACCCAAUCAGUAACCGAUUGUCGCCGAGAAAAGACGUAAGCAAUGUCUAACGAGCACAAGAAAAGACUCGAGUCAAGGUUAGAGUGGGAAGGUUUCAUCGAGACGAAGAUCAAAAGUGAUGGAAAUUGCCAGUUUAGCUCUUUAGCUGAUCAGCUCUUCAGGUGCCCCGAGUAUCAUGAGAAAGUUCGAGAAAGAAUAGUUAAACAGCUUAAAACUUGUCCAAAAAUUUAUAGAGAGUUUGUUGAGAUGGACUCGAGUAAAAAAAGAACAAACGAUCUUCCCAAGGACUACUCCGAGUAUGUCAAGAACAUGUCCAAGAACGGCGUGUGGGGUGAUAACGUUACGUUGCAGGCUGCUGCUGAUACGUUUGGGGUGAAGAUAGUAGUCAUUACGUCAGAGAAAGAAGUACCUUCCAUGGAGAUUGUUCCCAAGUCUUUGACGCUUGAGAGAGUUGUUUACUUGAGCCAUUUGGUUGGGGUCCAUUACAACUCUAUCUACCUAAAAGGUUCAGAGACGGAUCCUGCUCCGAUGGAGCUUCCGGGGAAGAGUAAGAAUAAGAAUGAGAAUGACAAGGAGGCACAAGGCAGGAAUGAGAAUGACAAGCACAAGCACAACGAGAAGAAGAAGAAUGACAGAAGCAAAAGUAAGAAGAAAUAGCUACAUGGAAGGUCUAUUAUUACCAGAUACCUUAAUAUUCCCUUGAGUUGAUUCAAACGCAAGUAUCUAAGUUUGUGCUUGUAAAGUGAGGUUGUUGAUUCAUUUGGGAAACAUAUAACUAAAAUGUAAACUCAGAUCCGAUCGCAGUUUAUCUCCAACCACGCAACAGCUUUUUAAGCCAAACUUUGUUGCUUUGACAGUUUAAGAGCAUACUGAAGCUCAGUUUUAUUGGAA